CAUUCAUCUCAUUACACCAAACAGCCACCAUGAACUCCGGCGAUUUUCCGGUGACAAUCAAGCGGAGAGAGGUGGUGGCCGCCGCCCUACCGGUGCAGGACCACUGGCUGCCGAUGUCCAACCUUGACUUGCUCCUCCCGCCCCUACACUUCGGGAUCUUCUUCUGCUACAAGAACGUCGAAAGGGGGUCGCCCGAAAACAUGGCCGCGGUGCUCAAGAAAUCCCUAGCGCAGGCGCUGGUCUACUUCAGCCCCUUGGCCGGAGAGAUUGUGGCGAACGGCCAAGGCGAGCCGGAGAUUCUAUGCAACAACCGCGGCGUUGAUUUUACUUGUGCUUGUGCGGGUGUGGAGCUCAGAGACAUCGAUUUAUAUAGGCCGGAUUUGUCGGUUCACGGCAAGCUCGUUCCCGUUCUCGUGCAUGGUCUUCUUUCCGUUCAGGUGACGGAUCUGAAAUGCGGCGGCGUAUUCAUCGGCUGCACCUUCGACCACCGCGCCGCCGACGCCCACUCCGCCAACAUGUUCCUCACCGCUUGGGCCGACAUCGCCCGAUCAAACCCCAUAAAGCUCCUCCCCUCCUUCCGCCGCUCCCUCUUCAAUCCCCGCCGCCCUCCGCAGCCGCACGCCUCCCUCGACAAACUCUACGCGCCGCUGCUGCAGCCGCCGUCCGAUGACGGCCCCGACCGCCUCACGAGCCGGAUCUACUACAUCCGCUCCGACGAAAUCGAGCGCCUCCAGUCCCAAUCCAGCCGCAAUGGCACUAGAAAAAGCAAACUCGAGUCCUUCACCGCCUUCCUCUGGCAAACCCUAGCCUCCGCCGCCGACCGCUCCAAGACGGUCAAACUUGGAGUGGUGGUCGAUGGAAGAGCGCGGUUGAGCAAUGACGAAACGACGUCGUUGGAAUCCUACUUUGGGAACGUGUUAUCAGUCCCUUACGUGGAGGCCAGUGCUGGCGAGCUCCAGUCAACACUAUUAAAUGUGGUGGCAGACAUGGUGAGUGCAUGCAUAGCGAGCGCAUCGAGUGCAGAGCACUUCCUAGCACUAAUAGACUGGGUGGAGGUGCGGAGGCCGAAGGCGGCGGUGGUGAAGGUCUACUGCAAGGAGGAGAGGGAUGAGGCCGCGGUGGUGGUGUCGUCAGGGCAGAGGUUCCCAGUGCAAAUGCUGGAUUUCGGGUGGGGUGGGCCGGAUUUCGGGUCGUACCAUUUCCCGUGGGGUGGCGAGACCGGGUACGUCAUGCCCAUGCCCGCCCCACACGGGAAUGGAGAUUGGAUUGUGUAUAUGCAUCUCAAGGAAAGGCACCUCAAUUUGGUGGAGGCACGUGCGCCUCACGUGUUUAAACCUCUUUCUCCUCACUACUUGAAGUUUUAAUAAUUGAAAUGUAUAUAUAUAUAUAUAUAUAUAUGAGUUUAUUUAAUUGUUUUUUGUUAUGGAUAUUGUAUGUAUUUAAUUUUAUCAUAUUGUUCAUGUGUACAUUAAUAUCCUAAGUUCUCAUGGGCCCAUCCUAAUGCAAUUAAAAUUCAUGU